CUUUCAAAAGGAAAAAAAAAAGUUGACAAAAAGUCAUCGCUACUGUCCACACGCAUUAGUUUUGACAUCAUGGAUACAAUUAAAGGUGAAUACACGAAAAGUCGACAGACUCCAUUACAACAAUUUUAUGCAGGUCAAACUAUUUUUAUCACAGGGGCUACUGGAUUUAUCGGAGCAGUCUUACUUGAAAAAUUGCUGAGGAGUUGUACCAAUAUUUGCAAAAUUUAUCUGUUAAUACGUCCGAAGAAAGAUCAAAAUAUCGAAAGUAGACUGAACGAAUUAAUUGAAAAUCGAUUAUUCGAUCGAGUAAAGAAAGAAGUUCCAAAUUUUCGACAUAAAAUUGUGCCGAUUUUCGGUGAUCUUUAUAACGAAAACUUAGGGUUGUCUGAACAUGACAGGAACAUAUUAAUUCGUGAAGUAUCUAUAAUCUUUCAUGUGGCGGCGACAGUACGUUUUGAUGAAGAAAUACAUAAUCUUAUUAUAUUAAACGUCGGUAGUACCAAGGAAAUUUUAACACUUGCAAAACAUAUGUCAAACUUACAAGCAUUCCUAUAUACAUCUACCUUGUAUUCAAACACUCAUAUGAAAAAUAUUGAUGAAUGUUUUUACACAUGUCCGAUUGAUCCCGAGUAUCUGAUAGAAUUGUCACGUAAUUUAUCUACAAAAGAAUUCAAUGAAAAAAUAUCUCA